AAAUUGCAUUGCACAUGAACUAAUAUUAAUCAAUUCAUAUCAAAGACCAAAAAGUUGCAUUACACUAACCAAUAAUCUGAUAUAAAAACAGAACAAUGACUUCAAACAUUACAUAUCAUAUCAUUACUACCAUUAGAUCAACAUGACAACUAUAGGUCUGCAAGAAAUUCGUCCUCCAACUCUUUCUCCAACUUCCGAACCACCACCGCUUUUCGAUGGAACUACCAGGUUAUACAUGAGCUAUACAUGCCCAUUUGCACAACGUGUAUGGAUCACUAGGAACCAUAAGGGACUACAAGACAAGAUCAAAUUGGUUCCUCUUGAUCUUCAGAACAAACCUGCUUGGUACAAAGAGAAAGUCCACCCAGAAAAUAAGGUGCCCUCUCUCGAACACGAUGGCAAGGUUAUCGAUGAAAGUAUUGACUUGAUCAAAUAUGUUGAGGCAAAUUUUGAAGGACCAUCACUAGUGCCUAAUGAUUCAACCAAGAAGGAAUUUGGAGAGGAGUUAAUAAAGUAUGCUGAUACUUUUACCAAAGAUGUGUAUGGUUCAUUCAAGGGUGAUCCUGUAACACAAACAAGUGCUUCAUUUGACUAUUUGGAGAAUGCUCUUGGCAAAUUUGAUGGGCCAUUCUUCCUUGGUGAAUUUAGUUUGGUGGAUAUUGUGUAUAUUCCAUUCAUUGAAAGGUUCCAAAUUGUUUUCUCGGAAUUGUUUAAGCAUGAUAUCACAGAUGGAAGGCCUAAAUUUGCAGCAUGGAUUAAGGAGCUGAACAAAAAUGAUGCUUAUAAGCAGACAAAACUUGCUAAUCCACAAGAAUUCGUUGGCUUUAUCAAGAGGAUCUUCUUGGGACAGAAGUAACAACAGAUUCAGUUGUUUGUGACAGUACUAGUUUACUAGUCAAUAAAGUGAGAGUGAAAACAUUAUGUGGAAUGCUCGAAAUAGUUUUUCACUACAAAUUUAUAAUAAUGGUGUGAAUUUGUAAUGUUUAAGUACAGGCGUGUAAUGUAUUGUGUAAGCCUUUUAUUUAAAAUUAAUAAUAAAUGUGUGAUGCACAUCUUGAUUAUGUUUUU